UAGAAAUGUCAUUCCGUUUCGAAACCCACCGAUUCACACAUCGACCUCAAGCAGUUUGUUACCGUGGCCUUUAUUGGCGACAAUGAGGGACGGAAUCGCACCUUCAGUCGAAGAGAAAUGAAACCCAACCCUGGCAUCAAUUCCAGCACGUUUGCCGGGAUAAAACAUCGCAUCUGGAGUCUUCCGACUGCUCUGGUACUGCUCUGGGUGGUCGUCUUGUUAUGGGGUGAAAGAUUCACCUACGGGAACAGCGUCAAGCGAUGUCUCUGGCAGCAGUGGGAAUCAUGGCCAACUCACGCUCAACCGCACCACGUUCUCCUUGUUGCUGAUCCCCAGCUCGUCGAUCCACAUACCUAUCCAGACCGACCAUGGCCUCUCUCGGACCUGACUGUCGCGUACACCGAUCGCUACCUGCGUCGCUCGUAUCGACACUUGCAAGACAAGUUGCGACCCGACGCGACUCUUUUCCUCGGGGAUCUCUUCGACGGCGGACGAGAAUGGGGGACGGUCGACUCGUCUUCUCCGGAGGAGCGGUACAAGAAAUACGGCACGUCCUUCUGGAUGAAAGAGUACAUGCGCUUCUCCGACAUGUUUUUGCGCUCGUGGUACAAAGGACGACUCGCGAGCCGGGCCGAACCUGAAGGCCGUCGCAUCCUUGCUUCCUUGCCAGGGAACCACGAUCUAGGCUUUGCCGCGGGCAUCCAACAGCCUGUCAAAGAGCGCUUCGACGCAUACUUUGGCCCGAUGAACCGCAUCGACAUCAUUGGAAACCAUUCCUUCGUACACCUCGACACCGUUUCCCUGAGCGCAAUGGACCAAAUCGACCCCGAGACAGGCAGUUCGGGAGCCGGCGACGGCAGCGCGGCAGCCACAGCAUCCAGCAAGAUCUGGACGCCCGUCGAGGAGUUCCUCCAAAACGCCAAAAACACCCGUGACAAAGCCAUCCGCCAUGCCUGCGAAACUCGAUUCAACUGGCCAGCUUCAGGCCAUCGCGACCUGUUGGAUCCCAACGUUCGUUCCGCCGCAGACACAUCAGAAGACCCCAAUCCACGCCAGCCCCGUCCCAAAGUAUCAUCAUCUCAGUUUCCAACGAUCCUUCUCUCCCACGUUCCCCUCUUCCGCUCCGGCACGACCUCCUGCGGGCCCAACCGCGAACGAGGCACGUCCAUCCCCUUGUCAGCAGGAUACCAGUACCAAAACGUCCUCACGCCCUUGAUCUCCCAAGACAUUGUCAAGCACCUGACGGCCGAAGAGAUCACCAUGAUCUACUCCGGCGACGACCACGACUACUGCGAAAUCGAGCACAGCGAGUUUACGGGCCGCAUUCGCGAAAUCACCGUGAAGAGCAUGUCCUGGGCCAUGGGCAUUCGUUUGCCUGCUGUACAGCUCGUCAGUCUAUGGAAUCCCGUGGCCCAAGACGCCGUCUUUCCCAAUUCUGGCGACGACAACGACGACACCACCGGCCGACAAGCCACGCCGCGAGACACGGUCCAGAACCACCUCUGUCUCCUCCCCGACCAGCUGGGCGUGUUUAUCCGGUACGCCCAGAUGCUGGGUCUGACCGUGCUCGUCCUCAUGGUCCGCACGUUGCUACACGGUCGUGGCCGCGGCGCGACGGCACAGAGUGACCAGAAAUCGGAGCCCUUGUUGCCCAUCGCCCGCGACGUCGACCCCGCCGGGGUCCAGUCGUGCUCGUCCGUACGCAAGGAUGACGAGAACGUGGCCACGCGGAAGAUGGGGUCGUACGCUCACGGCGGACGUUCCAGAUCGUCGUCACCUUGGAAAAAACCACGCUUCAUGAAAGAUGGUGAUGAUGACGACGAGGAUGACUGGGGCAUGCCACAGUCGAAAAGGAGGUUGCGGCCUCAUCUCAAUCGUCCAGGAAAGCUCCGGUUCUUUGGAAAGUCAAUGCGGCAGGUCGCGUGGCCAGUGAUACUGUUUUAUAUCUGGUUGAUAUGGACGGGUUAGAGUUUUGUGAUAGCAACUUUAGAAGCCCAGCAAGAGAUUACUAAGGUAGUCGAAUGAACAUUCUGA